UGGCUUGGAACCAAAACCCCACAGGCCUUUGGAACCCUAGUUGAGGUUCUGCUUCUUCAAGUCUCGCCCACCAAGCCAUUGCGCUACUCUCGUUCGUGAGAUUUCGAAAAAUGGACGAAGGACAAAGGAAGCCGGCGGCGGAUACAGCACUACCGACGCCACCGACGGACGAUGGAGACGAGGAAGCGAUCGUAGGGCCUGGUCCCGCCCCGCGCUCUCGCCCCAAGCGGCCUCUCCACUUUGAGCAAACCUUUCUCGACUCACUUCCCAGCGCCCACAUGUAUGAGAAGAGUUAUAUGCACAGGGACGUGGUCACUCAUGUGGCCGUCUCAUCUGCCGACUUCUUCAUCACUGGAAGCAGUGAUGGGCACUUAAAGUUCUGGAAGAAAAAACCGGUGGGAAUUGAGUUUGCUAAACAUUUCAGAUCUCACCAAGGUCCAAUAGAAGGCUUGGCUGUUAGUGUUGAUGGCUUACUCUGUUGUACAAUAUCCAAUGAUCCAUUCAUAAAGAUUUAUGAUGUUGUUAACUAUGAUAUGAUGUUUAUGAUGCGCCUCCCAUAUGUGCCUGGUGCAGUCGAAUGGGUAUAUCGGCAGGGUGAUGUGAAGGCCAAGCUGGCAAUUAGUGAUCAUAAUUCUGCUUUUGUUGGAAUAUAUGAUGUGCGUGAAGGUUCAAAUGAACCUAUCAUCUCAAAAGAGAUUCAUAUGGGACCCAUAAAAGUUAUGAAGUACAAUCAUGUGAAUGAUAUUGUCAUAUCAAGCGACGCUAAAGGGAUUAUUGAAUACUGGUGUUCUGAUAAGCUUCAAUUUCCUGAAAUUGGUGUAAGUUUUAAGUUUAAAACUGACACAAAUCUGUUUGAGAUUGCAAAGUGCAAGACAACAGUUUCUGCCAUCGAGGUAAGCCGAGAUGGCAGUCAGUUUUCCGUAACAUCUCCAGAUCGCAGGAUUCGUGUAUUCUGGUUCAAAACUGGUAAACUAAGGCGUGUGUAUGAUGAAUCUCUCGAGGUGGCACAAGAUCUACAGCGGAGUGAUGCUCCUUUGUAUCGCCUUGAGGCUAUUGAUUUUGGGCGAAGAAUGGCCGUUGAGAAGGAAAUAGAGAAGACCGAAAAUGUUCCACAGCCAAAUGCAAUUUUUGAUGAGAGCUGUAACUUUAUUAUUUAUGCAACUCUUCUUGGCAUAAAAAUUGUUAAUUUACAUACAAAUAAAGUCGCACGGAUACUUGGAAAAGUGGAGAACAAUGAUAGAUUUUUAAGAAUUGCUAUAUAUCAAGGUGACAAGAGUAGUAAGAAGGUAAGAAAGAUUCCUGCAACAGUGGCAAAUGUCAACGAGAGUAAAGAGCCCUUGACAGAUCCUACACUUCUUUGCUGUGCUUUUAAGAAACAUAGAAUUUACUUGUUCAGCCGAAGGGAACCUGAAGAACCUGAAGACGCUACAAAGGGAAGAGACGUGUUUAAUGAGAAGCCCCCACCUGAAGAACUUUUGGCAGUAUCUGAGUUAGGAAAAGCAGUCACAACAUCCCUUCCAGAUAAUGUGGUGCUACACACAUCGCUGGGUGACGUUCACUUGAGAUUAUAUCCAGAAGAGUGCCCAAAGACUGUGGAAAACUUCACAACACAUUGUCGAAAUGGUUAUUAUGAUAAUCUCAUCUUCCACCGUGUAAUUAAAGGAUUUAUGAUACAAACAGGAGAUCCAUUGGGUGAUGGCACUGGUGGACAAUCUAUAUGGGGAAGGGAAUUUGAGGAUGAGUUUCACAAAAGGGGCCCUACUAUCAAGAACACCAUACGAGGAACUUAGAGGAGGAUGCCAUUCUUUAGUAAACGCAGAGGCUGAAAUAAGCAAAUUCAACAUCAGAAAUUGAAAUCCAAGCAAAUUCUUGAAGAUUCGUGGAAACACAAAAAGUUAAUUUUCAAUGAUUAUUCUAGAUCCAGAAAAAACAGAACACUCAGUAGAGAAUGAGACCUCAAAAUCCAAGAGACUCUCACUGAGCUGUAAUCUGUAGAGACAAGAAUCAAAACAGGAAAUCCGAACAGAAAUAGGCAAAUCUGAAAUUCAAUCCAGGAAGCUGCUGCAGGAUUGAAUCUUAGAAAAUCUGCACUGGUGCCAUAAGCAAAUUUGGAAAAUCUCCAGCAAAAACCUAAUCUGGAUUAGAGAAAUGUGAAAUAAUUUCACUGCAAGAAUAAAUCUUCUACUGGAACACUAGGAGAGAACAUGCAGAAAUAAAUUUGUUGUUAAGAAGGUCAUGGAAAGGCACCGGAUUUUUGUUGUUAAGAAGAAGGCCAAGGAAAGGCACUGGAUUUGAUCAGUGGAAGAUGAGAUCUGAUUAUUCACUGGAAGGAACAAUCUACUGCAUGGAAACAAAUCUGCUAUUAAGAACAAACUGCAGCAGAUAUGUUCUUUGAGUAACUUCAAGCACAUGCCCAUUUGGUGACCUACUCCACUUUUGAACUAUUUUAGAAAAAUUAGAAUUCACAGCAUCCAUAUGGUUUAUCCCUUAUCGAAGGGAUCAUAAUCCCAAAGCACGUAAUAUAAGAAGUAAACUACACAUGGUCCUAAGAAAGCUGGGUAUAUGACUUCUUUAGAAAAUCAGGAGUCAUGGACAUCAAUGGUUUGGAAGAGCUAUGUACAACUAAGCAUGCAUUCACAGUAUAAUUGUUAGCGAACUGGAGGCUCCCCACCAUAGACAGGAUUGGACUUUAUGGAAGACGAGGUGCACAUUCUGUAGAGCAGCAAGGAGGCACAAGAACAUCUAUUCUUUAGAUGCCGGCCUAUUGCUGAGCUAUGGAGGAGGAUCAUGAUGUGGCUGCACAUGCACCAAUAUAUGUCCACUUACCAGAGGAUGCCCAGGGUUUUCAAGCAGCACUACGAGGGACCAUGUAUGGAUGGUAAGGAACUGAAGCAUGUUUGAGGAGGUGAAGAUUGAUGUAGAGGGGAUUUUUAGAAAAGUGCAAGUACAUGUAUACAGGACCUUGGAUGUCUAACUCGGACAUGAGUUGGCAUGCAUGGCCAACAUUGUACAUUUUGAC